AUGAAUGCCAAUAGAGAAAUGAAGCGCCUUUAUGUAGGUGGCCUUAGCCAGGCCAUUUCUCAGGCUGACUUACAAAACCAGUUCAGCAGAUUUGGAGAAGUUUCUGAUGUGGAGAUCAUCACGCGGAGAGAUGACCACGGAAACCCACAGAAAAUCUUUGCAUACAUCAACAUCAGAGUGGCAGAAGCAGACUUGAAAAAAUGUAUGUCAGUUUUAAAUAAAACAAAGUGGAAAGGUGGAACAUUGGAAAUUCAGCAAGCAAAAGAAAGCUUCUUGCACAGGUUAGCCCAAGAGAGAGAAGACGCAAAAGCAAAAAAAGACAAUUCAAGAACAGGAAACACUGAUUUGCUAAAAAAGAUGGGAGUAGUUGAUUUGCAUAUGAAAGCUGUGCCAGGAACAGAAGUGCCAGGACAUAAAAAUUGGGUUGUGAGUAAAUUUGGAAGAGUCUUACCUGUCCUUCAUCUUAAGAAUCAACUUAAACAUAAAAUCAUAAAAUAUGAUCCCUCAAAAUACUGCCACAACCUGAAGAAGAUAGGGGAGAAUUCUACAAAUACCAUCCCUAUAACCAACCUCACUUGGAAAUUGGAAGGAGGGAAUGAUCCUAUGACUAAGAAACGAAGAGGAGAGUUCUCUAACUUUCAUAGGCCUCCCAAGAAGAUAAAAAAAGAGCACUGUGGUGGGAGUGCCACCAGGCCUUUGGCUAUUUGCCCAGUAUACAGUUCAGUAAUGGAUGGUCUGCACUUGAUGCAGCAGCAGGCUGCACAAAACACACCUCAUGAUUUCCUCAGUCUUUCUGAAUCACCCUGUGUACCUAAUUCUGAUCAUCAGAAACCUAAAACUGUACCUUUUCAGACUUAUGGCUUAAAAACUGACGGAAACAAAAAUAGCAUGUCUGAUGAUGAUUCUGAUUUUAAAGAUGAAUUAAGAGCGGUGAUUUCAGGAGAGGAAAACUUAGAGAAAACUAUGUGGUCUUCAAUAAAAGAACUUAAAAAUGAUCCCUUUGUAGUUGUAAGGGAUGACUUAAAAUCAGAUGUUCACAAACUUUAUUUUUCAACAAGUUUAGGUGUCAAAAAUAGUAUCCCUUGCCACCUUAGUAAUGAUAAUGUUACAGGAAAUUAUUGUGGCUAUGAUUCAGGAGAUACAGAUGAAAUCAUUGCAAUGAAAAAAAACAUUGGUAAGGUAAAAAACACAGAAUUUUUAAACAUGGAAAAAUCUAUAUGCAAGAAAAUUUCUUUGAAAGGCAGAAAAAGCUGUGAGUCUUCUGAUGAUUCUGUUGAAAUACAAAAGAAAGAAAAAAAGAAAGCAGUUAGUAAUGGGAUUAAGCUUAACUGUAAAUCUCCAUCUGAUUCCAGCAGUGGUGAAGAUGCUGAUUCAGCUGAGUCUGAAGGAGGCAAGGAGUAUGAUGCCAUGAUGAAAAACUGUGUCCAUGUAAAACUCACGUUAGCUGAUUUGGAACAAUUGAGUUAUGGUGAUGCAGAGGCUGCAAAAGAAAACACUGAGAGUGAUAGCCAGGAAACCACCACCUGUUGCCAGUUUAUCAGGGCCUCCAAAAACCUCAAGAUUCCUGGCAAUCCCCAUAGAGGGAAACAGUGCAUUCACCCUGAGGAUAUUGUGACUUCUCUUUUAGAAGGAAAAAAGAAUAUUCUUUGUAAAGAAAAACUAAAGGAAAACAAAUUCCAGGCUUUCAAGGGAAUAGGUUCUCUCUAUGGAAAGGAAUCCUGGAAAAAUUCAUUAAAAGAAGGUGUGUCCUCUAAUGGUAUUAAUAAAGAUCAGAGUUCCUUGAAUCUUGAAAAUCCCAGUAGCAUUUCCAUGGAAAAGGGAUUUUCGUAUGCUGAUGGCUCAUCAAGAGAAUUAAUUCCAUGUCAACACACAAAGAAGGCAUAUAGCUCAAAUCAUACUGAGCCUCAAAACAGACAGGCAUCUUUUGAGAGCCAGGGUCUCAAGGUAAUGUCCCUAAGCAAUUCAGAAAAGGGAAGCAGAAGUACUGCUUCUACUCUGUUGCUAUUAAAAGGUAAGAACUCCUUAAGCCUUGACGCAAAGAUUUACAAGAUGGACUUUGAUAAAGAUGGUCACCGUAGUACCCCAAAGACAGAAGAUAGUUCAGAGGAAAAGACUAAUUCACACAGCCGUACAUUGCCUGAGAAAUCACCGAAGUUCUCUUCCAGCAAAGACAUUCCCAGCUUGGCAUUCAGUAGAAAGACUCGGGAAAGCAGAAGUGGUUUUCAACUGACUGUUAGUAAUUUAUCAAAUGUUCCUAAGUAUAAACAUGCUCAAGAUAAUCAGAAGCGUUUAGCAGCCUUAGAUGCAAGGCAGAAAGCAAAAGAAAAACAAAAAAAAUUGGUUCAUAAUGCUCUGGCAAAUUUGGAUGAUCAUUCAGAGGUGAGGGCAACACACAUCAUCUUUGGCUCUGACAGUGAAAGUGAAAGAAAAGAGACAUCCAUUCAGGAAUUAAGCCAUCCAGAAGAACUUGUGAAGGAAUCCAUUUGUAAAGCAUCUGGGAAGCUGUUUGAUAACAGUGGUGACGAGAAAUCUGAUUCCGAAGAUGACAGUAACAGGUUUAAAAUCAAACCUCAGUUUGAGGGAAGAGCUGGACAGAAGCUUAUGGAUUUACAGUCUCACUUUGGCACUGAUAACAGAUUUCGUAUGGACUCUCGAUUUCUAGAAAGCGACAGUGAAGAAGAGAAAGAGGUAAAUGAAAAGAAAACUGAGGAAGAAGAGCUUGCUGCAGAAAAAAAUAAAGCACUAGAUGUUGUGCAACGUGUUUUGUACAUCAACCUGAACAAUUCUACAUGCCAAGGAUCAAUAACUGCUAAGAAAUUUAAGGACAUCAUACAUUAUGAUCCAACAAGGCAUGACCAUGUCACUUUUGAAAGAAAAAGAGAUGAUAAACCAAAAGAAAGUAAAGCAAAACGAAAGAAGAAAAGAGAAGAAAGUGAGAAACUACCUGAGGUAUCCAAAGAAAUGUAUUAUAACAUUGCUACAGAUUUGAAAGAAAGACUCCAAACUACAAAAGGUAUCAAUGAAAAGAAAGAAAAUGUACCAUGGAACGAGGACUGUGGUGGAGACAAAACAGAAGUUAAUGAUCCUGCAUCUCUGAAGAAUGGGGAUGAGGAGCCAAUUAGGUUUACGUUUUCCUUUUUUGAUUCAGAUGCCAAAGAUGUAAAGGAAGAGACCUAUAGAGCUGAAACAGUGAAGCCUGGAAAGAUUGCAUGGCAUGGAAACCCUUGUUUCCAAGACAGCAGCUCAGAAGAGGAAGAUACUACUAUAGAAAUAGAUCCCAGAAAGCCCAACCCUGGAGAAGUAUCAAUUCCUGAGAAAGUAAUCAAUAGAUGGUUCUUUUUCUCUAAGAAUGAUGAGAGACUUCAUGGUUCUAAGUUAUUCUGGAGAGAAGCAGAAAGUAAUAUGAGCAGGAAUUAUUGGGAGGCCCAAACAAAUAACCUGCGUAAGGACUGUCGGAAGAAACAUAAAGAUGCUAAAAGAAAAAUGAAACCAAAAUAA